UCUACCCGUUCUCGCGAGAGCGGAGGGCAGCCGGUGCGGAGUCUGUGAGAGGAGAAAGAGGCGGCGGCCGAGCGGCCUUGUUUCAAAUCCAGGCGAGGAAAUGGCGGAAGGCGACAAGUUCGAGGCGGCAACUGCGGCGCCCUUGAGGGAGGCCGAAGAGACAACCCCCAACGACCACGACGAAGCCGGCGGAGCGGCCAUGAACGAGAGCGGGGGCGACGCCAAUGGGGUGAAAACGGAGAAUGAUGAAACUGGAAAGGAUGAGACUUCACAUGUGAAAUCCAAGUAUUCUUCCAAACCGAAGGCAAUCCCAUCUCUUGGACACAGGAAUAGGUUCCAUCCCUAUGCAAAGGAGAAGAGUUCAGGCAGUGGUGAAAAGAAAACCAUUAACCGUAACAGAGUAUUCAUUAGCAACAUCCCAUAUGAAAUGAAAUGGCAAUCUAUUAAAGAUCUUAUGAGAGAGAAAGUUGGUGAGGUUACAUACGUGGAGCUGUUUAAGGAUGCAGAAGGCAAAUCAAGGGGCUGUGGUGUGGUUGAAUUCAGAGAUGAAGAAUUUGUCAAGAAGGCAAUGGACACUAUGAAUAAAUAUGACCUUAACGGAAGACCACUGAAUAUAAAAGAGGAUCCAGAUGGGGAGCACGCCCGUAGGGCCUUGCAGCGUGGGAGUGGAAGCUUCUCAGGAGGACAUGGCCCAGAUGUAGCACCUGGCUUGAUGAAUUUGCCACCUUCUAUUAUCAAUAAUCCAAACAUUCCCCCUGAAAUUAUCAGCAAUCUGCAAGCUGGUAGACUUGGGUCCACCAUUUUCGUUGCCAAUCUUGACUUUAAAGUUGGUUGGAAGAAAUUAAAGGAGGUGUUCAUGAUUGCUGGAACUGUAAAACGUGCCGACAUUAAAGAAGACAAGGAUGGCAAAAGUCGAGGGAUGGGAACAGUGACCUUUGAACAGCCAAUCGAGGCUGUUCAGGCAAUAUCAAUGUUCAAUGGACAGUUCCUGUUCGAUAGACCAAUGCAUGUUAAAAUGGAUGACAAAUCGGUUCCUCAUGACGAUUUCCGUGUAGCAGAUAGCAAAACACCACAGUUGCCCCGUGGUCUUGGUGGCAUUGGAAUGGGACUUGGACCUGGUGGGCAGCCCAUAAGUGCAACCCAGCUGAGCAUGGGAGGAGGAGGAAUGGGGAGCGUGGCUCCAGGAGGAAUGGGAGUUGAUGGUCCCGGCUUCGGAGGAAUGAGUAGAAUGACUGCAGGUGUUGGUGGAUUUGGUGGCAUGAAAGGAAUGGCGAGCAUGGGAGGAUUUGGAGGAGUCAGUAGAAUGGGAGGAAUGGGCACUGUGGAUGAUUUCAGAGGGAAUAUUGGUACCGGAAUGACUGGUGGCAUAGGAACAGGCAUGGGAGGCAUGGCAACCGGUAUGGGAGAAAUGUUCCGUGGAGGAAUGGGUGGAAGCAUCGAUAGAGAUUUUGGCCGGAGUGACAUGGCUAUGAACCGUGGUUUUGCAGACUCAUUUGGAAGAAUGGGUGGUGCAAUGGUUGGUGGUUUUGCAGGAGGAAUGGGAGCUUCUAAUAUGGGCCCAGUAGGAUCUGGAAUGAGCAGUGGAAUAAGCAGCAUGAACAGCAUGACUGGAGGCAUGGGCGGCAUGGGGAUGGGCAUGGAUCGAAUGAGCUCCACUUUUGAUCGAAUGGGGCCCACCAUGGGAACUGGUCUGGACAGAAAUAUUGACAUGGAUAGAGGAUUUGUGCCCGGUCCGAUGGGGAGUGGCGCGAGAGAGCGCGGAGGCUCCAAAGGCAACCAAAUAUUUGUCAGAAAUCUUCCUUUUGACUUGACCUGGCAGAAGCUCAAGGAAAAGUUCAACCAGUGUGGCCAUGUUAUGUUUGCAGAAAUAAAAAUGGAAAAUGGAAAAUCGAAGGGCUGUGGGACGGUCAGAUUCGACUCGCCAGAAUCGGCAGAAAAGGCCUGUAGAGUAAUGAAUGGCAUCAAAAUCAGUGGCCGAGAAAUCGAUGUACGCUUGGAUCGCAUUGCAUAAUUUAUAAUUCCUUAUGGAGGAACAUUCCUUUGGUCGGUUUAGCUUGUCUUCCCCCCCCCCACCCCACCCCACACUCUCUAGAAAAAAAGUUGUUUUUAGUAACAUUGUAUGCUUUCUUUGAGUUUGAAAAAACCUUUUAAAACCUACCAGCCUUCAGCAGUAUAGUGUUUAAUAUACUGUGAACUUGUUAUCUUUUAAUGACAUUUUGGUUUAUGAAGAGAACUUUCUUGACUUGUUUUAAUGGUAUGAAUGUCCACACCUUCUGCUGCAGUCGAGAAGCUGUGGCUAUUUAAUACCUGUCUAAAAUCAUGCUAAGUGUCUCUAGUCAUUCAGUUUAAAUGAAUGGUUCUACUGUUUUUAAUAAAAUAAGCCAUUUUCCCUGUUUAACCAAA